UUUCCUCUCUAGCGUGCGUUGUCCUACGGAUCAGACGGCAUGGUAGCCUUCAUCCACAUCUCUCUGCUUCCCAUUCCUUCCCGCAGUCGUACCGUUACUCGCUUUUAUUCAUCCACUCCCGCACUCAAAUCCUCAAUCAGUAACCUCUCCAGCCCCCUGCUCAACGCCGACAUCGUCAUUUCAGGCGGUGGAACAACCGGCGGCUCAUCCUCUUCUGGCGGCGGCGGCGGUGGAGGCGGAAAUCAUGGAAAAGACGGUUCAAGCCCUGACGACCACCAUAAUGACGAUCCCUCUGGUCACGUCGACCCCGUCAACCUCUUCCUACAAGGAUGGCGAUCUAGGGUUUCCGCUGACCCUCAGUUCCUCUUCAAGCUCCUCAUGGAGCAGCUCGUCGGCGUUAGCGCGUGCGUGCUUGGCGACAUGGCCUGCCGACCAAACUUCGGCUUCAACGAGCUUGACUUCGUCUUCUCCACCCUCGUCGUUGGUUCCAUCCUCAACUUCGUUCUCAUGUAUAUGCUUGCCCCCACUGCAGGAUCCGCCUCUUUUGCCGCAUCCUCUCUUCCUAGCUACUUCUUUGAGCCCGGAAACUACUCCAUUCUUUCCCGCAUUGGUGCCCUGGCAUAUAAAGGUGCAUACUUCGCUGCCGUGGGCUUCGUUGCUGGCCUCGCCGGUACCGCCAUUUCCAAUGGGUUGAUUGCACUGCGACGGAAGAUGGACCCGGAAUUUGAACUGCAAAACAAACCGCCACCUACGCUGCUGAAUGCAGGUACAUGGGCCAUUCAAAUGGGUGUGAGCAGCAAUUUGCGCUACCAGACGCUCAAUGGUGUGGAGUUCUUGAUGGCGCGAGUGCUGCCAUCAGCUGGGUUCAAGGUCUUUGUGUUGGCGUUGCGUUGCUUGAAUAAUGUCGUUGGAGGAAUGUCAUUCGUGGUUCUGGCUAGGAUGACGGGUUCACAGAAGGUGGAGGAAAAGGGAAAGGGGCAAGCAGGCGGUUAUGGAGAGUUGCAGAGGACUGAGUCAAGUAAGUGAAUCCGUAUUGCUUGCUUCUGCUUUAUUUUCUUUUCGUUGAUGUGAAGAUUGGAAAGGUUUUAGUAGGGAAGAGAGAUUCCUUUUGGAAGAACUUCGUUAAGGGGAAGCCUUGAUCAGGCAAAGUUUGGAUUUUAUUGUUCUCAUUGUUUUCUGUAAAUGGUUAGGAAUUUGAAUUGGUGGAGACUCUUUGAUGCCUAAAAUUAGUUAUUUUGCAACUCGUAUAUCAGGCAAUAUAAAAUAUCAAUAUUCAAAGA